UUAAUAAUCAAAUUAAAGCGAUAUUCAUUUUUUAGUGCCCUAGUUUAAGUCUAGAAACUCAGUAAUAACCAAACAAGUUAUUAGUGUUUUACUUUUUUUUGAUGAAUUAUUUUAUUGUUGUAUAAAGUAUUAUUUAAUUUAAAUUCUUCCUGAUUUUAAUACACCGGGUGUAUGAAUAAUAAACUGAGUUUGUCAUCGAGGUUGUUAUUUGUAUUUGAUUUUAUUAGUACAACUAAUUUAGUCUCAGAUUUAAAGCAAGCUGUCUUAUGGAUUUCUCCACUAUUGAAUAUUAUAUUAUUUUGUGUAUCUUAAUUGUUCCAGUCUAUUAUUUUUUUCAACUUUGGGCAUGGUUAGGCUGGGAAUUGUUCAAAAAUAAUUAAUCAUCUAAAAUAAAAUACAUCUGAACAUCAAUGCUUCAUUUUUUGCAUUUUGUGUGGUGGUCGAAACAUCCAAAAACUGGCAUACUUCUAAUUGACAAAAAUAAUGGCCAAAAGAUAUUGACUUGUUUGUUGUAAUUAAAAGAAAAUGUCUACAAUAUGCAGUUUGAGAGGUCAAAAUUCUUUAAAUGAAGACAAAGACAAUCAAAGUUUAUUUAAAAAAAGAAAUUCCAUGGAUUUCAUUUAUGAACGAUUGGAUGUCGUAGACAGAGAAAAAAAUAUUCCAAACAUAUUUAUUACACCAGAAUUCAAUAAUUUGGGUGAUGAUUUGUAUCCAUCGAGCAUAAUAAAAAGAGAAAAGAACAUUCCCAAUAUUUUCAAUUUUAAUUCACUUCAAGUAGAUUCUACAAAUACUCUCGACUAUACAGAUACAUUUUUUGAUUAUCCUAAUUUAUUUACUUCAAACAAAACAUAUUUUAAACCACGUGAUUGUAAAAGUAAUAUCUGGGAAAAAUAUUGUAAUUAUACAAGCGUAUUUAGUCUAUCAGAUUUUCAGCACACUGAUUGUGCACAAUAUUUAGAGAUAAAUAAUAGUGAUAAUUCAAAAACAGAACAACAGCAUUCAGAUGAUAAACUUUCACUCGAAUCCAAGGAGAUAUUUGUUGGAACAGAUAAUUUGGAAUUAAAUGAAUCAAAGAAAAUUGAUAAAUUUUCUAUUGUUGAAAAAGAAAAGAUAAGUUCUGCUCUAUGUUUUUGGUAUAUUUCUACAGGAAUAAAUGUCAGGGAUCAUAACAUAAAAACAUAUUUUCCUCAAAGAGAAAUUAGUAUUUCGUGUAUCAUGCAAGAUAUCAAACUAAUGCUGAUCAAUAUGGGCACAACAUAUUUUCUAGUCGAUGAAGAAACAUGUAUGUACAAACGGAAUGGAAACAUAAGCAUUAGUGGCUUAACUCCAGAAAUGUUUGAGUCUGCUACAGAUCCAAUUUUGGAGUGUUCUAACUUAUACAAAAUUAUCAGUAGCACAAUAAACAAAUGGAAGGAAAUGUGUGACAAUAGUAUAAUUAAGGCAUUCAUAUUUUCUACAACUAAUAUAUUGGAUGAUUAUGAACGAUCAAUUUAUGCUGUAUCAAACGAAUCUUUAUUGUCACUUGUUGAUCGUUUAUCUUUCAUAACUCCUCGCUUACAAUUAUUAGCAAAUAUAUGUUGUUUAAAAAUACGGGAUUGUAUUGUCAUUUCAGAGCAUAUACCUUGUGGUAUACAAUUGUUGAAUAAAAUCCAUGGUUAUUUAUUUCAAUGUCGAUUUUCAAAUGAUAUGUUUUUGAAGAUGUUAUUAUACAUUUUUGAAUCGUGUUGCUUAGCUUAUUUCAAAACUUUAUCGAAUUGGGCACUAAGAGGGGUAUUAAAUAAUGAGGAAACUGGCAUGUUCAUUCAAGUAAAACCAGAUAUUGAGGAUGAAGAUACUAGUAGCCGAAGACAUUGGGAUCGUUUUAUUAUAGAUGAGAGUAUAGAAGUUCCAAUAUUUUUAAAUAAAUACAAAAAAGAUAUUUUAAAUUGUGGAAAAACUAUUAAUUUUUUUAAAAAAUUUAACGAUUUAAAUGUGUUUUUACCAAAUUUAAUUUGCUGUUUUGAUGCUGUUGAUACUCAAAAGGCUUAUGAACAAUUUUUGACUUAUUUCAAAUAUGACCCUGGUUUGAAAACUAUAAAUUGUGUAAAAAGAAUGUCAAACUGUUAUUUAUAUGAAUCAAUUAUUGGACAUAAUUAUUCCGAAGACAAUACUGAUAGUCAUUAUAAUAAGAAUGAAAUUAUAACUAAUGUUACAAACAAUAGAAUAUAUUUAGACAAUGAAAAUUAUGAAUUGUUUCAAAUGCCAGAUUGGACUUCAGUUAAUAAUACUUAUGACUUUAAUAAGCCUUAUGGAUUUUUUUCGGAUCAUAAUGAUCCAUUAACAUAUAAUGGCAAUCUUUUUGAUGUUAUUAACAUGAUAGACUAUGUACCACAUUCAAUACUUAUACCGGCUCGUUUACAAAAGAGUGUUUGUGAUAAGCAAAUAUUGGAAAUGUAUUUUGUUCAAGAACAUUUAAUGGAACGACUAUAUUACUUAUCACAGUGCUUCUUUUUGAUGAAUUGGACUUUUUCAUCUAAUCUAUGUACAACAUUAUUUGAUGGUAUUGUGACAAACAGACGACAACCUUCAAACAUCUUCAAUCCAGUCAAGUUAAAAUCCAUUGUAGAUGAUGCUAUUCAAGAUAGUUUUCCAAAAUAUGAACUACAUAAUUUGACAUUGGAGAUGACUUUUAUUCCAAGUUUAAAUGGAAUUAUUGACAUUACAGACAUAGAAUGUAUAGAAUUAAAUUAUACACCUGAGUGGCCCAUGAAUAUGAUUCUGUCAAAUAAAAUAUUAUUGAAAUAUAGAAGAAUAUUCUUGUUUGCUAACAAAUUAGAAUUUGUUUCAUGGAGUUUAUUAAAAGCCAGAGAAAUAUUGAAUGUUUAUAAAAAUGAUACAGGAUUACAAUUUAGAAAGAUAAAUCUUUUUAAACAUUGGAUGACUCAAUUUGUUUCUUCUAUUCAGCAGUAUUAUAAGCAAGUGGUAAUUAGCACAUGUUGGUCAGAAUUAAAUGAAAACUUUGAAAAUGUAAAAAAUUAUGAUGAUUUAUUUGCAUGUCACAAACAAUAUAUGCACACAAUGUUAAAACGGUGUUUCAUGGUUGUUGGUCUCAAAGAUAAACUUAUUCUAUUGAACAAAAUAUACAUAGAAAUAUUAAUGUAUUAUCAAGCAUUAGUAAGUGGUCAAUUUUAUAUGAAAAAUUCUGAAAGGUUACAUUCAGAGUUUAUCAGUAUGGAACAGUCUUUUUCGCGGUUUUUAAAGCUAAGAGAAAUGUUUUACACAAGUAUAUUGAAAACUGUGCAAACCCAGGGAAGUCAUCAUAUAGUAGAGUUGGAAAGUUUAAUAACUAUACUUGGACCAUUAUAA